UAUAACCAAUGUUAAAAAGGAAGACCACCAAGACGGCAAACCUUAUGUAUGCAUGGCCCAAAAUCUGAAAAUGAGGAAGAAUUCGUUCUCACAUGGAUACAUUAUCGCACCAACUACCAACAGUGGAACCAGCGAUAACGUAGCUCCACAUUAUUUAUGGUCGACACCUCAUGGAAUCUUCGGAAUAAUUGGACAAGAACUGAGAAUUAAGUGCAUAUUUGGAGGAAAUCCUACACCUGAGGUCCAUUGGGAAAAUAAAACUGGUCCAAUACCAGACAAUCGUAGAACGCUGUCACUUGGUGGACAACAGCUAUAUAUUUCAAAGCUUCAAAUGACUGAUAGAGGCAGUUAUACUUGUUACACGACGAGUGCCAUUGGACAAAGACAGCAGCGAAAUAUAAACGUCAUUGUAAAAUCUAAGCCUUACUGGAUGGAGGACGGCAAACCGACGGAUAUAGAGAGAGGCGUAGGAGAAAAAGCUACUUUUAUAUGUAGAGCAGGCGGAGAUCCAACUCCAGAUAUUCAGUGGUAUAUUAAUGGUGUAAAAUUCAAAGACGCAAAACACGUCACUAUAAGAGAUGGCCGACUUAUCAAACGUGAUGACAAUAAUAUAACUUUAAUAGAUUUGAGACUUGGUGAUGCAAUGGUUCUACAGUGUAAUGCUUCUAAUACCUUUGGUUAUGUGUUUGCCGACUUCUAUCUCAACGUGUUAAAGGAGAGACCACAGUUCAUCAAAGGGCCAGUAAAGGAAUUAAAAGUGGCAGAGAAUACAGAUGUGCAUCUGACAUGUCAGACCAGUGGUAAACCUGAUCCUAUCAUAACAUGGUUCAGAGGGUCACAACAAAUAACUGGUGGUAGGUACCAGAUACAGCCUAAUGGAGACUUACUUAUUCAGAAAGUUGUGCUGUCUGAUGCUGGGAAUUUUACAUGUGAAGCCCAGAAUAAUGAAGGAUUUGAUUCAGACUGGGGUGUGAUGAUUGUUAGAAGAUCAACAAGGAUUGAACAAAGUCCGAAAGAUUUAGAAGUUUUCGCAGGAACAGAUGCAAAAUUCACCUGCUCUGGUACAACAGACUUCGAAGAAGUAAGCAAACUCCGAGUUUAUUGGUUGAAGGAUAGAAAGGAAAUUACACAAAGCAACCAACGAAUGACAACCAAUGUACAAGAUAACUCUUUAACUAUAAGUGGUACUAUCAGUAGAGAUUCGGGAUUUUAUACUUGUGUUAUAACUAACGAAUUAGAUCAGCAAGAGGCCUCUGCUAUUUUGACCGUUAAAGACAGACCAGAGCCACCAGUUGGUGUCCACAAAAAAAGAUGCAUAAAUAACACUGCUACAAUAACCUGGACGAAGGGUGGAUUCAACAAUGCUCCCAUUCAGUACUUUACUGUAGAGUACAAUACUUCAGUUGAGACUGACAGAUGGGUAUUUGCAGUUACUGCUAAUCAAUCUGCUAAUACUAUUACAUUAGGAUUACGACCGGGCGUUAGUUAUAGCUUUCGCCUCUUGGCUACAAAUAAAAUUGGUAUAAGUGAACCUAGUAAACACAGUGAGAUUUGCACAACAGAUACAGCAAAGCCGUACAAAAAUCCCGAAAAUGUAAGGGGAGUCGGCGAUAAACCGGGAUAUCUUGUCAUCGAAUGGACGCCUAUGCCCCCUAUUGAUCAUGGUGGACGCAACUUUAGAUAUGUUCUCAAGAUUUCGAAACGUGGAAACGUUGUCAUAGAUGUAGUUAAAACAAUAACAAACUGGCGACAGAGCAGAUUUGAAUAUCUUUCCAAUGACGUAUAUACACCGUAUAAUGUGUCGAUACAGGCCGCCAACGAGCAUCAAAGUAGUACAGCACAACUAAUACCAGAAAUCAUUUAUUCUGGAGAAAGCAAACCUGGACCAAGUAUGAAGAUCGACACUUUUGUAGUUGACAAUGCUGAUCUUGCAGAAAAUUCCGCCACUUUCUAUUGGAGCUGGGACAUGAAUAAUAAUGCUCAGCUUCAUGGAAAAUUUAGAGGAUUCAAGAUUCAGUUUUGGGUAAAAGGUAUGAAAAGAAUAACUUUUAGAGAAGAUGAGAUUUUGGAGAGGGAUAUGAAACCACGAUAUGGGUCGGUGAAAAAGAGAUCAAUUGUUGAAUAUACUUAUACCGUGAGAAACCUUUUACCCUUUACUAUUAUGGAAGCUCAGAUCUGUGUGAUGAAUACGUAUUACGUCAGUGGACCAAGUCCAAUAGUGUCAUUUGUCACAAAAUCCGGAGUACCAGGACCAGUGGAAAAUUUACAUCCAGUUCUUAUAGCAAGUAAUUUCAUAGAACUGACAUGGAAAAGACCAGAGCUUUUGAAUUCACCAAUCCCUGACGAAGAUCUUACAAAUAGCUAUUUGAAAGGAUAUGACGUAGGAUUUCAGACAGUCAAAGGACUUGAAUUGGGACAGAUGCAAGAAAUGGAUCCACAAAUAAUAGAUCCACGUGUAACAAAAUGUGUAUUAAAUGGGUUGACAUCUAAUAAGAAAUAUAGAGUAUAUAUGUGGGCAAGAACAGAAAAUGGCCGCGGUGAACAGUCCUUCAUUGAAAUAACGACAGCAAAAAGCACAGCAAUGGAUGUUCCAUCAUUUUUCGUCAGAAAUGUUAAUUCAACAUUCUUCAACCUUACAUGGACGAUGGUAAUGAAUAAGAAAUUUGGUACUGUUGCGUUUGUAGAAUAUCGUAUAAAAGGUACAUCUGAUUGGCAACAGUCUGCACAGGAAUUUUCAAAAAGCUGGAUAGGUGUGAAAAAACUGCACCAUGGAACAUCAUACGAAGUCCGUCUGGCUGUCACCAAUGGCGGUAAAACAUCAAAGGGUGAUAUUGAAGUUAUUCGGACUAAGGGAAUUUCUGCUGCUUACAGUUUAGGCAAUAAUUUUGCUUGGUUCAUUGGACUUAUUUUGUCUGUUCUUAUUCUCAUCGCAUUAUCAACUUAUAUUGUGCUGAUGUAUAAAAAACAUCAAGAACCUAAACGAAAACAAUAUACAGCUCCUCCAAGGAAACGAGUUCAAUAUGAGGCUACUGGAAGUGAUAGUGACAGAGAUUACCCGGAUGACAGACACCAUGACGAUGCCUAUGUAAAGGAUUAUAACAGAGGAUAUCGGGACGACGAUGACAGAUAUGCAGAGGAAAAUCAAGAUAACUAUUACGACGAAGAAAAAAGGAGAUAUGACGAUGAUGGUUACGCACGACGUCAACCACCUUACGAUGAUGACAGAUACGACGAUAGGUACGAUGACAGAUACGACGAAAGACGCGACGACGAUAGACACGAUGAAAGAUACGAUGAUAGACGUGAUGACAGUUACGAUGAUAGGCACGAUGAAAAAUACGACGAUAGGUACGAUGAUAGGUACGACGAUCAGUAUGGUAGAAGAGAUAGCCAUAAUGGUGACAGAAGAUAUUCCGAUGAUGACAAAGGAAGAAAUCAAGACUACGAUAGUCACGGCGAUAGGUACAAUGAUGAAAAUAGGCGAUACAGUGAUCGAAGCGUUGAGAGACAGUAUGCUGAAGAUGAAUCGUAUAGACCAUACUCAAGAAGAAAUGAUUAUGACCGAACACCAAGCUAUGAAAAACGACCGUCAAGUUUCACUGAAGAUGUCGACCUGAGAGAACCGGCCAAAUUUGAUGCUGAUGGCUCCCCAAUUGAUGAUAAACCAUCAAAAUCGCCUGGAAAAUCUAGUUUUGUGUAAAAGGACGUAAUUCACUGUUGAAUGUAAAUAUUGGUGUUAUAGUUAGGAAGUUCAUCUACAUUAAGCUUCUUAGUUUUCUGUAUAUUGAAAAUUAAUGCAAAACGAAAAUCUUCGUAAAAGUCAAGCAGCAGAUACAUUCAUUUUAGUAAAACCUUUUUUCAUUGUAUUUUCUCAUGUUACAUUAAUUGUGUUAUGCCGGUAAUUUUCAUUUAAAUGAUUGUAAAUAUCAAGGAACGAACAGUUUUUUAUUAUAUUAUUCGCUUUAUCAUAUUGAAAUACGCAUUUGUAAUAAAAUAUUUAAUAUGUAA